GGGGAACAUUAAACUGCGCACACGCGCUCGAGUCCUUCCUGUGUUAAUGAGCGUAAGAAUCGUCCUGACAACAUAGGAGAUGUUACGCUUGACAACUUGCUGCCGCCAGAGUCUUGCUCAUAGUAGGGCGAGGAUUAGCGCUGCGGGCGCACGGUCAGCUCCAGUCUAUGGAGUCCUGUUCCCUAAAGAGGGACUUGGCAUUGCACGGAGGAGAUGUGAGCCUUCUACACAGAUUAUACUACCUAAUGUGACGUCUGUCCGGUAUAUUAGCACAUCCCAAGGUGCUGGGAAUUAUGAAGAUGGCAGAUUAAUUUACACUGGGAAUCUGGCAAAAUCAGUGCUUGGGAUAAAGUUUUUUUCAUAUUCCACCAGUAUUUUUAGUAUCUGCCUGAUGCCAUACAUUCUGCUGCAGUCUGGAAUUAGUGUCGACAGUUUAGCAUUAAAGAUCGCCUUUGUCAGCGUGGUAGGCUUCUUCACCUUUGUCACUCCAGUUACUUUGCACCUGAUUACAAAAGGCUACGUGAUCCGCUUAUAUCACAAUUCAGAGACAGACACCUACACAGCAGUUACUUACAAUGCCCUCCUUGCUGAAAAAAGGACAGUUUUCCACCCAAAGGAUGUUGAAAUACCCGGAGUAAGCAAGAUGUUCACAACAUUUUAUGCCCAAAAGAAAUCAAUGUUGGUGAAUCCAAUGCUUUUUGGCAAUCCUUAUGACUAUAAUCAUCUCAUGGGCUAUGACAAGCCUUUUACAUUCAGCCCUGAAGAACUGAGUCAGUCUUCUGAGGAUAAACAAAAAUAAAAUAAAAAAAAAAACAUAUAUCAA